UUGGGAUUUCUGAUCUGCCCCUUGGGCCUGGUUGACCCAAUCUCUGGCUUGAGAGAAAUGCCUGUGGCCUCUCUUUGCCUGCAGACAGAUUCCUGUUCCAUCGAGGGCUGGCAGGAGGCUGAGCAGUGGGGUGGGUGAGGCUGGAAAUCUGUAGGGGAGACAGGGGGGCUGCAAAGAUCUUCCUGCCGACGAUGACUGGGAGGAAGAUCUCACAAGCCGAGGACAGCCACCGGGCCUGGAAAGAUGCUGGCCGUCCCGGAUCUGGGCCUGCAGGGGCUGUACAUCGGCUCCAGCCCAGAGCGGUCCCCAGUUCCUAGCCCACCCGGCUCCCCAAGGACCCAGGAAAGCUGUGGCAUUGCCCCCCUCACACCUUCUCAGUCUCCAGUCUUGCACUUGCAGAAGCCGGAGGCCCGAGCCCCCCAGCAGGCCUCCUUCUCCGUGGUGGUGGCCAUCGACUUUGGUACCACAUCCAGUGGCUAUGCUUUCAGCUUUGCCAGUGACCCUGAGGCCAUCCACAUGAUGAGGAAAUGGGAGGGCGGGGACCCAGGUGUGGCACACCAGAAGACACCCACCUGCCUGCUGCUGACCCCGGAGGGUGCCUUUCACAGCUUUGGCUACACCGCCCGUGAUUACUACCACGAUCUAGACCCUGAGGAAGCACGGGACUGGCUCUACUUCGAGAAGUUCAAGAUGAAGAUCCACAGCACCACUGAUCUCACCUUGAAGACACAGCUGGAGGCGGUAAAUGGAAAGAAAAUGCCUGCCCUGGAGGUGUUCGCUCAUGCCCUGCGCUUCUUCAAGGAGCACGCCCUUCAGGAGCUGAGAGAGCAGUGCCCCUCGCUGCUGGAGAAGGACACUGUGCGCUGGGUGUUGACGGUGCCCGCAAUCUGGAAACAGCCAGCCAAGCAGUUCAUGCGGGAGGCUGCCUACCUGGCUGGUCUGGUGUCGAGAGAGAAUGCAGAGCAGCUGCUCAUCGCCCUGGAGCCUGAGGCCGCCUCUGUCUACUGCCGCAAGCUGCGUCUGCACCAGCUCCUGGACCUGAGCAGCCGGGCCCCAGGCAGCGGGCGCCUGGGCGAGCGCCGCUCCAUCGACUCCAGCUUCCGACAGGCCCGUGAGCAGCUGAGAAGGUCCCGUCACAGCCGCACAUUCCUGGUGGAGUCAGGGGUCGGAGAGCUGUGGGCAGAGAUGCAAGCAGGAGAUCGCUACGUGGUAGCAGACUGUGGGGGAGGCACGGUGGACCUGACUGUGCACCAGCUGGAGCAGCCCCAUGGCACGCUCAAGGAACUCUACAAGGCGUCGGGUGGUCCCUACGGCGCAGUGGGCGUGGACCUGGCCUUCGAGCAGCUGUUGGGUCGUAUCUUUGGCCAGGACUUCAUUGCCACGUUCAAACGGCAACGGCCAGCAGCCUGGGUGGAUCUGACCAUCGCCUUCGAAGCCCGCAAACGCACGGCAGGCCCUCACCGCACGGGGGCGCUCAACAUCUCACUGCCCUUUUCCUUCAUCGACUUCUACCGCAAGCAGCGAGGCCACAACGUGGAGACAGCCCUGCGCAGGAGCAGCGUGAACUUCGUGAAGUGGUCCUCACAGGGGAUGCUCAGGAUGUCUUGUGAGGCCAUGAACGAGCUCUUUCAGCCCACGGUCAGCGGGAUCAUCCAGCACAUAGAGGCGCUGCUGGCACGGCCGGAGGUGCACGGUGUGAAGCUGCUGUUCCUGGUGGGUGGCUUUGCGGAGUCGGCUGUGCUGCAGCACGCGGUGCAGACCGCCCUGGGUCCCCGCGGCCUGCGAGUGGUGGUCCCGCACGAUGUGGGCCUCACCAUCCUCAAGGGUGCCGUGCUGUUCGGGCAGACGCCGGGCGUGGUGCGGGUGCGCCGCUCGCCUCUCACCUACGGCGUGGGUGUGCUCAACCGCUUUGUGGACGGGCGGCACCCUCCAGACAAGCUGCUGGUCCGCGACGGCCGCCGCUGGUGCACUGAUGUUUUUGAGCGCUUCGUAGCGGCGGAGCAGUCGGUCGCCCUGGGCGAAGAGGUGCGCCGCAGCUACUGCCCCGCACGCCCUGGCCAGCGGCGCGUGCUCAUCAACCUGUACUGCUGCGCCGCCGAGGAUGCGCGCUUCAUCACUGACCCGGGGGUGCGCAAGUGUGGUGCACUCAGCCUGGAGCUCGAACCCACGCCCACCGACCGUGGCUUGGCCGGUACGCCCCCGGGCCGCCGCGAGAUCCGUGCUGCCAUGCAGUUUGGCGACACGGAGAUUAAGGUUACCGCCGUCGACGUCAGCACCAAUCGCUCAGUGCGCGCCACCAUCGACUUUCUUUCCAAUUGAAGGAGGUGCCAGGCGGGCUCUGCCUGGCCCCGCCCUCCUGCCGGGGCAGCUGAGGUCGCUGGAGGGUGGGUGGAGACACAUCCAGAGGCUCUGGCUUUGGGAGUGGGCCCUGGCCCGCUGACUGGAAGGCUGAAGGGCUCUGCCAAGGACUGAGGUCAAGGAGACUUGUUCAGCACUCCCACAGGGAACACGUGACUCCUAAGGCAGAAUGUACCAGAAGACUGGCCCUGGCCUGAACUGAAUGUGGGCGUGGGGGGUGGAUGCGAUUGGGAGGGUGAGCCAAAACAAGGCUGCUACAGGAGGACGGAGGUUUGCUGGGCCUGAAGCGCCAAGGACACUGAUGAAUGGACUCGGCCCACACAGGCAGCUGGGAAGAGUAGCCCUGUGCCACAGAAAAAUGACGGGAAGCUGACAAGAGGGACAGGGGUAGCAGGCCCUUCCAGGGCGUGGGGCUGACACUCAAGUACGAGUGUUAAGUGGAGAAAGGGCAGUAGCAGGCCAACAUUAGAGGGUAUAAGGUGAUUAUGAGGGAAUGUGGGGGCAGCAUGCUGGGGGCGGGCUUUGCUUUAGAAGAUAUGACUCAUCCUGGGAAGGCCCCUAGGCAGCCUGUGAAUGACCCACUUGAAUCUUAUCCCAGCCGCGGGGGGGGGG